CCAGCAUCUCCGGAGAACUUCUUGAUACGUCGCUUUUAAUCAACCAACUCAGGUUCAGUGGUCACAAAAUAAUUGUUCUAGACGAAUAAUUAUUACUUUCUUCGCAUGAACUUUCUGGGCUGGAAACUGUUUUCUAACUUUUUUAUACCAGUCAGAAGACAAACAAGACACUGGACCAAGCCCAUGAACUCCCGUGACGUAGACAACCGUUGCUUGGGGGUGACCCAGGACCUCACAGAACACGCGGGAAAUCUCCAAAACCACGCCACAGAUUUCUUCCCACACGAGCAACACGUCCUCACUUCGGGGCUUUUGGACGCGUGUCUGUUCCAGACCAAGUUAUACACGGGGUAUGAUAAUGUCUCUCCUUCCACCGAGAGUUCUAUUGGACACUCGGACACACGAGACAUUUGUAACAGGACUGAAGAGAGUUUUGUGAAAGGCUACAAUGUCCCUCUUUCCACAGAGAGUUCCAGUAGAUACUCGGAUACAAAAGACAUUUGUAACAGGACUGUUGUAGAGAACUUUCUAAAAGGCUAUAAUGCCCCUUCUUCUGAGAGUUCCAGUGGAUAUUUUGAGGCGAAUGACGCUUGUUUCAGAACUGUGGAUAACUUUGUAAAAGAAUAUAAUGUCCCUCCUUCCACUGAGAAUUCUGGGGGAUAUUCUGAGUCUAAUGAAAUUUGUAACAGGGCGGAAGAGAGUUCUGUGAAAGGCUAUAAUGUCCCUCCUCCGAUUGAGGGUUUCAGUGGAUAUUCUGAGGCAAAAGACAUCUGUAGCAGGAGUGUAGAGGACUUUGUAAAAGGACAUAAUAACUCUCUUUCCACUGAGAAUUCUAGUGGAUAUUCUGAGCCAAAUGACUUUUGUAACAGAAAUGUAGAGAGCUUUUUGAAAGGGUAUAAUGCCCCUUCUGCUGAGAGUUCAGGUGGAUAUUCUGAGAAAAAAGACAUUAUUUACAGAACUGUGGAUAACUUUGUAAAAGGAUAUAACGCCCCUUCUUCGACUGAAGGUAGCAGUGGAUCCUCUGAGACCAAAGAUAUCUGUAGCAGGACUGUAGACAAUUUUGUCAACGGAUAUUCCUCUCCUUUUACCGAGAGUACUAGGGGAUACUCUGAGACAACAACCAGUUCGUGCAGCAAUGUCGAUAGCUUAGUGAACACAGGCGGGAGUGAGUGGGUUCACAGCACGCAAGGAGCAACAACUUCUGAGCUCGAGAAUGUAUCGGGGUUUCCCGAAGAGCCUCCAAGAAGAUCGUGCGAAAGGUUGGAAUACACAUCCAGAUACGGGGAACUGUCGGCUUCAGAGAGACUGGGACCUCCUUCGGAUGUGUUUUAUGACGUCACCAGCUCUGGAUACCACCACCACCAUCACCACCACAACCACCACCACCAGCAUCAGCAUCAGCACCAUCUUCAAACUCAGCAGGAGCAGCAGCAACAACAACAACAACUUUCUCAACAACAGCAGCAGCAGCAACACUCGCAGUCUGAACAACACCACAAUACAGUGACAACGACAACGUUGCAAACGAACAACAACAACAACAACAACAACAACAACAACAACAACAACAACAACAGUUUUUGGCAGCCGUACCAGAGAAGUGGUUCUGACUCCGAGAGGAGAGGUGUGGAUCAGGAAGGUGGAGAUUCCCGAUCUGAUGUACAGGCUUCCAACAUCGACGACCGCACUGCUUCGUCUAGAGGGAGUGCCUUGAUGUCUUUGGAUAGAGAUGGCGAGUCUACAGAGAGAAGGAGUGAGAGAAGGAGUUGCAGAGAGAAGGAAGACACGAAGAACGAAAACAAGAAACCGGAGGAAAUCAGUGGAGAUGACAACAACGACCUAGAAAAGAAAGAGAAAAGUGAGGAUAUUCUUGAGGAGAAAAAUGACCCUUCCUCGCACAAAGAGACACAAGUCGCCACAACCUUGAAAUGGUUGUCUGAGAACUACGAGCUGUCAGAAGGAGUCUGUCUGCCUCGGUGUGUGUUAUAUGUGCACUACCUGGACUUCUGUAAGCGACACAGCUUCAAGCCUGCAGGGGCCGCUACUUUUGGGAAGCUGAUCAGACAGAAAUUCAAGAACAUCACGACCAGACGGCUGGGAACGAGGGGGCAAUCUAAAUAUCAUUACUACGGUAUCGGCAUCAAGGAAAGCUCCAUCUACUACCAGUCGGUGUACACAGGCAAAGGACUCACCAGGUUCUCCGGGAUUAAGAUCAAGACGGAGGGUUCAAACCGGAAAUAUUCCUUGAGUUCCAAGACAGGCACUCUACUGCCUGAGUUCCCUGACGCUUACAACCUCAUCUUGUCUGACGCGGAGAUCGCUGAUAAGAUGCACACCUUCAUCAUGAUGUACCGCACACACUCUCAGAGAAUCCUGGACACAGUCAUCACCGCCAACUUUGAGGAGUCUGUCUGCCGACCUGCGUGCCUUCCUGAAGAGCCUCCCUCACUGGAUGCAGAACUCUCUAGACGACCUGGUCCCUCUUGUCAUCAGGAAGACCAAGCAAGAAGUUCUACAACAGUUCUUGAGAAGCAUGACAAGACAGUUGACGUUUAUCAAGAUGGCGCAGACUGCCCGGCCCCAUCUGUCCAGCAACGAGGUGACCACUAAGGCUGUGCACGACCUAGAGGCCGUGGACUUUGACCAGAUCCGAUCACAGAUCGGCUUCGCGCUAAACGACAAGUCUUUGGCCUGUGAGGAGAAGGCGACUGAUGACGAACAAGAUGCUCCCCCUGUCAUGGAAGAGUCACUUCCGGCCAUAAAUGCCCCGCCCCCUACAACAGCUCAACCAACCAGCGGCACCGCCUUCUCUCGGCCCCUCCCCUCCAACAACUUCGCCCGACACAGCUCCGACAUUGACAUCAUCACGUCAUCAGCGUCCUCCGCCCCCUACAACGAUAUGCUCCGCCCCUCCGCCAUCAACCCUAACCCCCUCCCUCUCUCACCCAUCAAACACUUCCCUUCCUACGAACGACCUUCCUAUCUCCCCGCCUUCAGUUUGAACACGUAUUCUGAUUACGUCACUCACCCAAACUCCCUCCACACGCCCAGGCAAGUCCAAGCCUUCUCGGAGCACACGCCUUCUCAACCUUUUCCUCCAAUGGGAUUUAACCCCACGGUGAACGCUCCGCCCCCCGCCCCGCCUACUUACUGGAGUGACAGCCGCCCCCACCACUCCUCACUCACCGACCCGUACUCUCAGCUGGGCUACAACAACUACCAGCAAAGCUACGACAGCUACAAGAAGAACCCCCUCCUCCGUAGCUCUAUGUACCAAGACAGUUUGUCUCGCUCCAACCCCCCGCCCCCUUUUGACAGCUUCUCAAGGUCAAACCCGCCUCCUUUUGACAGUUUCUCAAGGUCAAACCCGGGUCUGGACGGUCUAACGAGGUCAAACCCGGGUUUUGAGGGACUCGCUCGGCCAAACCCGACGUCCUUUGACAGCUCAAGAUCUGCUAUGUAUUAUCCCAGGACUCAUGACAACUUCCAAGUAGGAUCGUCACUAACCGUUGGGUCCUACGGAAACAGCUUUAUGGAGAUCACUCCGCCGGGCAGCCAAUAUGGCCGACAGGAGGGACUACUUUACCAAGAUGACGUCUUCGCCUCCAACAUGGCCGCGGCUUCUGGCUUCGCGGGAUUCCCAAAGACCUACCUUCCCGCUGGAUUCAGAUGAGAGAACCAUGUGGAUUCUACACAUGUUGUAUUCCGGGAAGUUUUUAAAUUGGCGGGAAUAAAAUUUAAUUGUUGUAAUGAAAAUCGAAAUUCAAUUUAGAAGGGUAGAUCUACACAAACAACAGCACAAAGUAUGACAUGAUGCCCAGAGCAGGAUAUCGUGGACACCUGACUUAAAUCAUAAAACCUCUAAACUGGGUCAAACAGGGGUUUGUUUGCUGUUGUUGGCUUUUUGGUCUAAAAUUGUUAUUGUUAUUUCCAACCAUAAUUAUCGGUUGAUGAUCUUGAAAUAAGUAAAAAGAACAUUCUACACUACAGUUUGAGCAAUUUUGGAGUAAACUACAGUAUUAUGUUUCCUCCAAAAACGAAACUGGAAAAAAAUUUCUAGAGCAAAAUUCAUUCCAGUUUUGAACGAGCAUGUUAAAAAAACUAAUAAAUAAAAUACUACAGCUUUGGACAAGUUUCAAAUUGCUAGUCCAUGUGAGUGAACAAAAUCUGAAACAUUCCAAACCGUCUGUAUCAAUCUCUAUUUUUGUAUAUCAUUAUUCUGAAAGCCAAGCAGUGUGGACUUCUAAUGGUUGAAAAGAUGAAAACAGAAAAAGGGAGAGAGAAAGAUUGAAUUAAUGAAUUCCUCCUUUCAUGUUUAUUGGUACUGCCUUUCUCUUUCACGAAUACUGCUCAGUGCAAAAUGUGCCUUUAUACACAUUCAGAACUGCCGUAAAAAAUGUUUUAAACAUUAACGUUUUGCUCAAAUGCUAUCUCUGUGUAUCUGUUACAUAAGUGCCACCUAUGUUUACAAUUUUUAAAAAUUACUUACUAUAUGGGGGUGGUGGCGGAGCGGUCAGUGCGCUCGUCUCCGAAGCGGAAAGUCCGGGUUCGAGCCUCGGUUCGGACACGGAUUUUUUUUUCGCCCCCAUCCU